AUGGAGUCCUGGAAGGAGGGAACUGAUUGCUGCUCAUGGGAUGGUGUUACAUGUGAUAGGAUGAAAGGAGAUGUGAUAGGCCUUGACCUCAGUUGUAGCUGGCUUUGUGGCACCAUUCCUUUCAACAGUAGCCUCUUUCUUCUCCCUCACCUGCAAUGGCUCAACCUCGCUUCAAACAAUUUUAACUAUUCCUCCAUUUCAUCUAGGUUUGGCCAGUUUGCAAGAUUGAAACACCUUGACCUUUCUCACUCCAUGUUUUCUGGCAAAGUCCCACUUGAAAUAUCUCAACUCUCCCAACUCGCCUCACUAGAUCUCUCUGACUACAAUAGCUAUCUCAAACUCGAAGCAUCUGUUGUGAAGAGGCUUGUCCAAAAUCUGACCAAGCUAAGAGAACUUCAUCUUGAGAAUGUUGAGAUGUCUUCUAUUUCUCUUAGUUCUUUCAUGAAUCUGUCUUCUGCUUUGACAUCCAUUACUCUCAACAAUUGUUUAUUGCGCGGGAAGCUACCUGAUCACAUUUUCCGCCUACCAAACCUGCGUGAGCUUAUUCUAACAGAUAAUCCUGAACUCACAUGGUCUUUUCCAAUGGUAAAUUGGAGCACACCACUAAGGUAUUUGGAUGUCUCUCGCACAAUUUACUCAGGAGUGUUACCAAAAUCAAUUGGCAAAAUGAAAUUCAUACAACAUUUGUUUAUGAGUGAAUGCAAGUUUAAUGGGUCCAUUCCUGCAUGGCUUGGCAACCUUACACAGCUCAUUGAUUUGGAUUUAUCAAUUAACAAUUUUAGUGGUGAGAUGCCAUCAUCAAUUUCAAAUCUCUUUGUACUCUCCUACUUCGACCUACGAUCCAAUAAUAUUCAAGGAGCAUUACCAAUAUGGCUUGGGAAUCUCACGAGAGUUACUGAGAUUUUCUUUGGAACUAACAACUUUACGGGCCAAAUCCCAUCAUCACUUUCAAACCUAAAGAAUCUCACUUUUCUUGGCCUCAGAUAUAACAACAUUGGAGGCAGGAUUCCCAAUUGUUUUGCCAACCUCACAAAACUCACCGCAAUUCACUUGUCUUACAACCAACUCACUGGUCAAUUUGCUGAAUUUCAAUUUAGCGAUUCACUGGAGUUCCUAUCAUUAGAUAAUAACAGGCUUUAUGGCUCUAUUCCAAAGUCUAUCUCUAAUCUUGUCAACCUUUCAUUUCUUGAUAUUUCAUCAAAUGACUUGAAUGGCACUGUGGACUUUAAUAUGUUCAAAAAGCUGAAAACACUUCUAUAUUUGAACUUCCGUGCCAAUCUACUACAUGGCGUGCUUCCUGUUCCACCAUCUUCUAUGCGCAACUUUUUGAUCUCCAACAAUAGAUUAAGUGGGGAGAUCCCAUCUUCGAUUUGCAAUUCAUGGAUUUGA